ACUGCAGCAGUAGCAGAAGAAGAAGAAAAGCGCUAGCUGUUAGCUUGUCAGAGAAACGCAAUUUAUCCAAUGUGUGGCUAACGUCGGCGCAGGUGUCGAAGAAAAUCUUAUGCUGCGAAAGAGAGGGAAGGUCUUAAAAAGCAGUUCCUGACAGAGACCGAGCCCACUUCUGACACCAUGGAGAAACAGUUACACUUGAAUCUGCUAGCCUCCAGACCUCCUACGGCAGGUGGUUUUCAGUCCAGCUCCAAAAUGAAAAUGGGACCUGGACGGAAGAGAGAUUUCUCCCCCCUGCCCUGGAGUCAGUACUUUGAGACCAUGGAAGAUGUUGAGGUGGAAAAUGAAAAUGGCAAAGAUAUUUUCAGAAUUUACUGCAGUGGCUCCCAUGGUCCUGUGCUGCUCCUGCUCCAUGGAGGCGGCCACUCUGCACUUUCCUGGGCAGUGUUCACUGCCGUCAUAUACAACAGGAUCAACUGCAGGGUGGUGGCUAUGGACCUUCGAGCUCACGGCGACACCAAAGUGAAAAAUCCUGAAGAUCUCUCUGCAGACACGAUGGCUAAGGAUAUUGGCAAAGUGGUGGAGGCACUCUAUGGGGAGAACCCACCUCCAAUCAUGAUUAUUGGACACAGCAUGGGUGGAGCCAUCGCAGUUCACACAGCCGCUGCCAAUCACAUACCAUCCCUGCUCGGCCUGUGUGUCAUUGAUGUCGUAGAAGGCACAGCAAUGGAUGCUUUGAACAGUAUGCAGAAUUUCCUCAGAAGUCGGCCAAAAACGUUUAAAUCUCUGGAGAAUGCCAUUGAGUGGAGUGUGAAGAGUGGUCAGAUCCGAAACAUAGAGUCAGCUCGGGUGUCAAUGGGGGGCCAAGUGAAGAAAUGUGAGGAAUCCACCAGCAGCCCAGGAGUCUCGAAUAGCAUUGGUGAAGGAAUUAUAGAAGAAGAGGAGGAUGAGGAAGCGGAAGAAGAGUCCAACAAGAAAAGAAUGAAGGAAGAUGACCAAGAGAUAAAAAAGGAGAGCAUCUUCACCUGGCGAGUGGAGUUGUCAAAGACGGAAAAAUAUUGGGAGGGCUGGUUCAGAGGCCUGUCUGCCCUCUUUCUCACCUGCCCUGCGCCAAAACUGCUCCUGCUUGCAGGAGUGGACAGGCUUGACAAAGACCUUACUAUUGGACAGAUGCAAGGGAAGUUUCAGAUGCAGGUCCUCCCUCAGUGCGGUCAUGCUGUUCAUGAGGACGCACCUGAGAAAGUAGCAGAUGCUCUAGCAACAUUUAUGGUUCGGCACAAAUUCACCGAGUUUAAGGAAGGAUACCUGUGCUAAUUUCCAGUUUUCAGUCUAAAUAUAGCCAGCAGCCGUAGAAGAAAUGUUUCAAGAUUCAUCAACAUCAUUGUCCAAUUUAACAGCCAAUUAAGGAAAAUAUAACAGUUAUUAUUAUUAUUAUUAUUAUUAUUAUUAUUAUUAUUAUGCUUUUGUUUUGUAGAUAUUUUUGCCUUUCAGCUUUGCCUUAUUUUUAUUUGAAAAUAUUGGGUUUUGAUUGUACUGUUCCUUUACAAUAUACAUAUUUUUUUAUUUUCUGAAAUGUAAUGCUUUCCUUGUUUAAUUUCGAGUUGAGUGAUUGCAUCAUUGUUAACGUGUGUUUGUAAUGUUUGAAUUCAAACGAUGAUUAAAGAUGGAUGCAGCCAACAUCA